GUCACAUCUGCUUGGUCCCCAGCUGUUGGAAGAGCAUUUAUUUCAUUGGGAUAAAUCCAAGCCAGAUGAAGUCUGUAAAACUGUUUCCGAAUUAUCUAGUUCCAAAAUUAUGGACUGCUAUUGGAUGUCUCACUAUGUCAUUAAAAGAACAGUUCACUUGAUAAUUUAUUUUUGCAGGGAACUUCAGACAAAAUAUUGUAAGAAGACAGGAACAACAGUAAGGAAAAUGAGCCUUCCAGAUUCAUCUACAGUUACUUGCAAUCUUUUUAAAGGCAAGAAGGAUCGGUUUGGUGGCAUAAUUGUUGAUUCAGAAGUGGAGAAUUCUGAUGAUAACUUCAGCACCAAACUCUUAAAGUCCCUUGAACACUGGUCAGAACAGAAUGUUCGAGCAGUCUGGUUCAGAGUAGCCUUACAUCAUGCAGAGUGGAUUCCAGUGUUAGCAAAGAAUGGUUUCGUGUUUCACCAUGCAGAACCGAUGAGUGUUUCCAUGGUCAAGUGGCUGCCAAUCACAGAAAUAUGCAAUAUUCCUCAAUAUGCACAUACAAUGAUAGGAGUAGGUGCUGUUGUUGUAAACAAGGACCAAGAACUAUUGGUUGUUCGGGAACGCUUUCAUACGGUACCUCACUGGAAACUGCCCGGUGGAUAUUUAGAACCAGGUGAAGAUAUUCCAGAUGCUGCAAUAAGAGAAGCUGAAGAAACUAAUGUCCAAACAGAAUUCAGAUAUCUUAUUUGUUUCCGACAUACUCAUGGUGCUAAUUUUGCCUGCUCAGAUAUUUAUUUUAUUGUCUGCCUGACUCCUAUUUCUGAAUCAAUAACAAAAUGUGACCGUGAGAUUGCAGAUUGUCGGUGGAUGAAGAUUUCAGAUUAUUUGACUGAUCCUGGAGUCAUUGAAACCAACCGAUUUUUCCUGAGAAAAUAUCUUGAAUAUGAGAAGUCAGGAAGCAUUGUGGGAUGUGUAAAAAAUAUUCAUCCACUUCUUAAGAAACCUCAAUGUUUAUAUAGUAUAGAUAAUAUGAAGGAUGCAUCCAAAAUAUAGGAAACAAAUCACUAAAUGUAUGUAGCAAAAGUAACAGUAUGGUGGUCAUUCCUUCUCAGUUGACAAAAAUGGUUAAUGAAAUGUAUCCAAACAUAUAAUCAUUACUAGGUUGCAUUUGUAUUACACAGUGAUGUCAUAUUAACCAAUUAUGAUGAAAUGGCUGGAACUGUUGCAGUGUAAUACAUAUUAUUAUUUAAUUCAAGAUAUAACUAUUACCUCAUUAUUUGAGUGACUGUGAUGUUAGUUUUAUUUUACCAUAUUUUAUUCUAUAAUUAAUUGUGAUACAGUUGGUUUCAUUUUAUUGUAUCAGCCAACAAUAAAAUAAGUUUCACUAACAA